AUGAGACGUCACAUGACAGCUACAGAUCCUGGCGAAGCAGUUGAGAUGCUGCAAGCAGGACAAUCACAACUAACUGUGGCUGCACACUUCAAUGUAUCACUUGGUGUCAUUUCUCGAUUAUGGAGUCGAUUCCAGACGUCACUUUCAAGCGUCAGUGUGAUCAGCGGUUCAUCGUUAAACAAUGGUGUUAAUGGCUAUACCAAUCAAACAUUUGAUGCCACAGACAAACCAAACUUUUUGACUCGAGAUUUAGGGUUUUUCGGAACUAACAGAUCUUCGUACAAAUGCCAUAUAAAACAUACGUGUGAGAUUUUAGGAACGGACAAUUGCAAGAGGUGCAUUUGGGAAUCAAAUUUACAAGGAUUGUACGAUCGAAAUUACAACCCGGUUAUAGGAAAGGGUCGUGGAGACGACGCAUGCGUGUUAUCAUUGAGAUCCCACCUGUUAGCAGAACUCUCUGGUAAAGAAGGUGGGAAACGUAGACAGUCAUCGUCUGCCCCGUCCUCUUUCCGGUUACCAAAACAAAAGCAGAAAUCAAAGAUCACCAAUAUUCCAGGUUCACACGAUGCAUGGAAAAUCAACUUCGACCAGUUUAAAUGUGGAAGAAAAAUAUUAGAAAGUGAAAAAGAUUUGCCAAAGUCAUUAAGGUCAUUCUACAAACAGCAGGCAGCGUUAAUUGACAGUUAUGAAAGCCUCAGUAGAGACGACCAGUCCUGUAAUGCUAAAGACGCUGCAGAUCUACUAAAAAAAGCUACGUUCUACUCUCAACUCACGUUCUUUGCAAAUCUGCUUCUCCUGAUUGCCAAAAGUAUAGCUGCAGGUAUAUCUGGUUCCAUGGCUAUCAUUACAAGUCUAGUGGACAGUGUCGUGGAUCUGGCGUCCGGUAUUGUCCUGUGGAUCACCGCCCGGGCCAUUAGGAAGGGAAACCCUUACUCUUAUCCUCAAGGCAGGAACCGGUUGGAGCCAUUAGCUAUCAUCAUACUGUCGGUGAUAAUGGGAGUAGCCUCCCUUCAGUUGAUUAAGGAGUCUGUCACCAAAAUCAUUGGACUCGCCAACAGAACAAAGCACCCUCCAGUGGUGGAUGCACUAACUAUAGCUAUUUCCGUAGCAACUGUAGUGGUGAAGUUUGGUUUAUUUCUGUUGUGUCGGAGAAUAAAGAGCCCGACAAUACAGGCCCUGGCUCAGGAUCAUAGAAACGACGUUAUCUCAAACACAGUCGCCAUCCUCUUCGGCUAUAUAGGUUCAAAGGACAUGCGACAAAAAACAAAGAUUCUAAGUCUGGCAUACUUAGAUCCUAUUGGCGCAAUAUUGAUUUGUUUGUACAUCGCUAUCACGUGGUAUAUUCUUGGUCGAAUUCAGGUACGGAUUAUAACCGGACUGACAGCUAAACCAGAGUUUCUGAGUAAGAUCAUAUGGAUCUGCUUGAACCAUCACAGGGACAUCCGGUACGUCACUUCCGUCAAAGCAGUACAUAGUGGAUACACAUUUGUUGUUGAAGUUGGAAUUCUACUUCCGGAAGACAUGUCGUUGAAGGCCGCACACAAGAUCGGGGAGUCGUUAGAAAAAGUGCUGGAGAAUACACAACAUGUGGAUAGAGUUUUCGUCCACAUGAACUGUACAGAAAAUGACGAUCCACCCCUAAAUGAUUCCACCUAUCUAUGA